AUGUCUGAGCGCGCGCCGCUGCUGCAUUACCGGCUCUCGGCCAGCGUUACCGAGUCCGGGGAACACCGGGAACACCUGGAGAAUGGGGAGAACCGGGAGAACCGGGCCGGGGGAGAUCAUGAGGAGGACCAGCCGAGCACCGCCACCGGGCGCCGGAAACCCGCCGCGAAACAGCCGCACAAACUCAACACUUUCUUCGGCGUGGUGAUUCCCACACUACUGUCUAUGUUCAGUGUGGUGCUGUUCCUGAGAAUAGGUUUUGUUGUGGGUCAGUGUGGCCUGUAUCAGACGAUAGCGAUGCUUCUGGUGGCGUAUUUCAUCAUCAGCAUGACGGUUCUGUCAGUGUGUGCGAUCUCAACCAAUGGAGCGCUGGACGCCGGAGGAGCGUACUAUAUGAUCAGUCGUGCGCUGGGCCCAGAGUUCGGCGGCAGCAUCGGGAUCAUGUUCUUCUUGGCUAACGUGUGCGGCAGCGCCCUCUAUGUGCUGGGGCUGGUGGAGGCCAUGCUCACGACCUUCGGCAUUCCUGAAGAGGGCUCGUCUCUGGCCGUGUCCCGGUACGCUGUGUUGCCGGGCGGAUACUGGUGGUCUCUUCUAUACGGCACAGUUCUUCUGCUGGUGUGUUUACUGGUGUGUCUCAUCGGAGCUCACAUCUACGCCAAAGCCACCUUCAUCAUCUUCAUCCUCGUCAUGGUGGUUCUGGGCACCAUCUUCGUCAGCUUCUUCACCGUGCCGUUUCGCACCGUCCAGCUUCCCGGACACACCAACACCUCGGUCGGGCCGACCAGCGCCAACUUCACCGGCUUCAAGCUCGACACGCUCAUGGGAAACGUGCAAGCCCAGUACACGGUGGACUACACGACUGGAGUGAUGAUGUCGUUCGCCACAGUGUUCGCCGUGAUGUUUAACGGAUGCACGGGGAUCAUGGCCGGAUCCAACAUGUCCGGCGAUCUGCAGAACCCGAGUUACUCCAUUCCUCGAGGCACGAUCACAGCCGUCAUCUUCACCUUCAUCAUCUACAACCUGCUGAGUGUGCUGAUCUCCUGCACAUGUGACCGGGUUCUCCUGCAGAAAGAUUACGGUUUCCUCCGAGACAUUAACGUCUGGCACCCGUUCGUGACCAUCGGUGUGUAUUCCUCCACGCUCUCCGCUGCCAUGAGUAAUCUGAUCGGAGCUUCCCGAAUCCUGUACGCUCUGGCGCGGGACGACCUGUUCGGAAAGGCUCUGUCUCCAGCCAAACGCACAUCCGGCAGUGGGAACCCCUGGGUGUCGGUUCUCAUCUCCUGGUUUAUCGUACAGCUGGUGUUGUUCUCGGGGAAGUUGAACACUAUAGCGAGUAUCGUGAGCAUUUUCUUCCUGCUGGUCUACGCAACUGUGGAUCUGGCCUGUCUGGCGCUGGAGUGGGCGUCCGCCCCGAACUUCAGGCCGACGUUCAGGUACUUCACGUGGCACACGUGUGUUCUGGGGAUCAUCGGCUGCGCUGUGAUGAUGUUCCUGAUCAACUCCAUCUACGCGUCGGCCAGCAUCGCCUUCAUGCUGCUCCUGCUGCUCCUCAUCCACUACCUCAGUCCCGCCAGCAGCUGGGGCUGCAUCACCCAGGCACUCAUCUUCCACCAGGUGCGUAAAUACCUGCUGAUGCUGGACGUGCGUAAAGAUCACGUGAAGUUCUGGAGGCCUCAAGUGCUGCUGAUGCUGUCCAACCCCAGGUGCAGUGUGGGAUUGAUCACGUUCAUCAACGACAUCAAGAAGAGCGGCCUGUAUGUGCUGGGACACGUGCAGCUCGGAGACCUGGACGUCCUCCCGUCGGAUCCGCUGCAGUCUCAGUAUGACUCCUGGUUGUCUCUGGUGGAUCAUCUGAAUAUUAAAGCGUUUGUGAAUCUCACGCUGGCAGACUCUAUCAGACACGGAGUUCAACACAUGCUGUUCAUCUCAGGCCUCGGGGGCAUGAGACCCAACACUGUGGUUCUGGGUUUCUAUGACGACUCUCUUCCUCAGGACCGGCUCCUGGACUCCACCCUGUCUCUGAGUAACGACGGCUCCGCUCAGCUCGACGACCCCGAAGACCAGAACGACCCGCCCUUCCACUUCCCUCCCGUGCGAGGGGGCGGGGCCUCUGACGGGAAAUCUCUAGGGCCUCGGGAGUACGUGUGCAUCAUCGCAGACGCGGUUAAGAUGCUAAAGAACGUCGCGUUAGCUCGAUAUUUCGAUCAGUUCGACCGGACUCACGCUCUCCAAGGGCCCGUGUUCGUCGACGUCUGGCCCGUUAACCUCCUUCGACCCGACAGCGCGGCGUACGUCGACACGUGCUCGCUGUUCCUGCUUCAGCUCGCGUGCAUUCUCAACAUGACGAGGGCGUGGCAGAAAGCUAGGCUCCGCCUCUUCCUGUGCGUGGAGGCGGGGCGAAGCCUCAAGGGGACGGAGCAGAAACUCGGACACCUCCUGAAGGACCUUCGGAUGAAGGCCGAUAUCUGUACGGUUCCCUGGGAUUCCCAGGUCACGCUUCACUGGCAGCGCCAGACGCGAUCGGAGAAGACGGAAACGGAAGAGGCGGAAGGCGAAAACUUCUUCGCCAAUAGUUUCCAAAGCAACACCUCGCGAGUAUCGGACGAGUAUUUACAAGCCGUAAACAAGCUCAUCCUGGAUCAGCAGCUCCGCCCACCCGCCGUGCGCUUCCUGUAUUUGCCCCGCCCACCCGCGGAUACCAGUCGUUACCAUGACUACCUGCGCCAGCUAGAGCUGCUCACGCGCGACCUGGGUCCGACCCUGCUCAUACACGGGGUCACGCCCGUCAUCACCACUGACCUUUGACCUCUGGGACGAUAUCGCAUUCCUGACGGUUCCGAAGGUAAUCCUGACGAUAAAACACUUUUUUUUCUUGAUUGUUUUGAGCACUUCAUAUGUUUAACUUCGGAAGAAUGAGAACGCUACGGAUCGUGAGAAAGAUGUCCGCCCGAUUACGCUUCACCUUUGCACUACUUCUGUUCCUUCCCUCCAUCUUUCCUCGAUUGUAACACUUGGAGUUCCUGGAAUUCCAGAAUGUUGCUGCUUUGAGUUUAGAACUCGUGACAUUCCGGUGCUAUUCCCACAGAUUUUUGCUGACAAGAAUGAUUUAGGAAGUGAUUCGCUACUCCAACAAUAUUUGUAGUUUUCCCGCCUAAACGAUAAAGGUGGAUGUAACAGGUGGAGUUCCUGAACGUUGCCUCUCUAAGCUGAAAACUCUAUUGACAUUCCAGUGCUUUUCCUCAGUCUUUUUCCUUAUGAUGCACUGGAAUGUUUUUAUCCACUCCAGAAAAAUGUCGAAUUUUCACACCAAACAAAGAUUUGUGAGUGUAUUUGUUUACUUGAUGCAAUAAUAGAUCUUUUACGGCCAAGACGAUCUGUUGCCUUCAGCGAUACACUGUGAGUUUUGAGCAGGAUCACUGUUUUAUUGGCACCAAACCAAAGUGCUUCGUUGUUUCUGUCGUGAGUGUGUGUGUGUGUGUGUGUGUGUGUGUGUGUCAAUGAACAACAUGUGCCUUGAGUUAAACUCACACACAAAUAACAAAACACAAUAAUAUACCUCCAAACGCUUGUACUAAAUUACACUCCAUUUUGUGUUUGUAUUGUUUUAAGAAUUAAAUCAUUUUAAGCACUGUAAAAUUGAAGUAUACAAAAAAUGAAAUUGUUUAAUAAUUGAAUAAAAAGAAAUAAUGUUUGCUUAA